AUGGUAUUUGUUCCUUUCCUACAGCAACAGUGGACUUCGAAAAGAAUCGAUGAGGAUGCAGCACUCGAUGAGACAAACGUAGUAGCUGCUCGAGUAAUUUAUCAUUGUAUGCUCCUGCGUUCUGCAGUGGCGGGAGCCUUGUUCUCGCCAUCGGUCUAUUAUACAUUAUCAGUACGACUUCACUUUGCGGAUAUUGAGCAGGGAAACAAGUUAGGCGUAUUUCAAAGUAUUCUGUCAAUCUAUGAUGGAGACCAUCUACUCAAAACAUAUACGAAGGCAUCGUACUUGAAAGAACCUACGUUGGUUACGAAGAUGAUUUGGGUCUUGUUCUUUCCGCUGUACUUCGUUGGUAUGUUCCAUAAUUAUAACAUUCUGGAUAUUCCUUUCGCAACGGAGCAUAUAGAAACGUACGGUCGGUCAUCUUCGAAACUCGUAUUCCAGCUCCAGGAUCGUAGAGCGCAGCUCCUUUCACUGUUCAAAACUCAGUACACUGAAAACACUGGUCUACAUUUCCAUGACUACUAG